UUUUUCGCAAAUUUUGCAUCAAAAAAUCGAAUCUCGACGCAGAAAAAUGGUCCAGUUUUUAACUCGCUGCUAAAAGUGUUGAAAAAGUGCAAUUUUUCUCGCCAAUAUGGCUUGAUUUGCGUGCUCGUUGUGCUCGGUGGCAAUUAUGAAGUGGCAGCGCGAAUCUUCGCCAUCGGAAGUCCCACUUUAAAGGGUAAAAUCAGUGCUCUCGAAACAAAGGGAGAGCAAAAACGCAGUUGUGUUACGGUUCGGAAGUGGGGAAAAAUCGAUACCUUCUCGAUUUUCGCUAGGCCGUGAAAAACGGGCAAUUUUUGGGCUCUUGGGUGGGAUUUUGGUGAUUUGCCACCGGUUUCAGGAUGGAGGUGGCCGUUUUAAAACCGGAAAACCCGGAAGACCUUCGAGGAAACGGCAACAACAACAAUAACAAUGGUGCAAUGGCCAGUUGUGACAAACUGCUGGAGGACGUGAGCCCGGUGGCGGCUGCAGCCGUCAUGACAAGUAGCGUGGCCAGCCUGUUGGACGAUACGACUCCCAGCGAUUCCGGCAUCCAGCUGCUGGAUUCGGAGUCCAGUGGUGGGUUGAACGAGUCGAUGAUCUCCAGCGCCGGGGGGUUUGACUUUGCCGAGCUGCAGAACAACAACAAAAUGGCCCUGGACAGUCCGGUGAAGGAGGAAGACCUCGGGAAGUUUGUCGAGAUUGACAUCCAGCAGGGGGAGAAGGAAGAGGUUGUGCCGGUGGCAACCGCUGAGGAAGUCGAGCAAGCAAUCAGCCAGGUGCCGGACGAGAUGGUGUCGAGCACCUGUUCGACGUUCGACACGGAGAACAUUGUGUACCGGCGGCGGGCGAAGAAAGUGGUUCCGGCGGCAAACAAAACCCCGAAGAAGCGGGUUUCCUUUCACGAAGAUAUUUUGAAAAAUACCAAAACGGAUAACAUUCACAUUGAGCAUGGGUUCAUUACGUACAAAUCGGGUGCGAGCAAGAACAAGCAGCAGAUUGGGGGCAAGGGCGGAAGGUACUCGUGGUGCACGGAGUACGGCGCUGGCGGUGACGAUGACGGGUACGAUCUUGGGGAUGAGGACUCGGGCGAGAAUCGGCAGUACGUGUACAGGAAUGCGUGCUCGGACGUGCUGGAUUAUGGCAAAACUGACGUUUUCGAGAACAUCGAGGACGAGAAGCACUACGUCAAGUACGACAACUCGGGCGUGUUCGAGUACGGCCCGCCAACGGCGGCGGAACAUCACCAGCAACAACAACAACAGCAGCGCAAAGACUUCUACAAGUGCGCCUGCUCGGACUCAAACAGCAGCUUGGACUCGGGAAGUAGCAACGAAGGAGGCGCUGCGGCCGCAAAUUACAAGCAGGGCAAGUCCAACAGCUGCGAGUGCAUUGGCGGUGGCGGCGGUCAGCAGAACAAUAACAAUGUCAUUUCGGACAAUUGCUACUACAGCGAGCCAAACAUUGAACAUCUGGACGAGUUUAAUGGGAAUGUUGGGGUGGGGGCUGCGGCUGCGGCUGGGGAGAAGGUGGUCAAGUCGGUUUGGAGUAAGGAGAAGAAACCCAAGAGUAGCUGCUUGAAGAAGACGAAGCGGAACAUGAUGUACACGAACGUGGUGGUGCCGGAGUACGAUCUGACGAAGAAGGUGAAGAAGUUUAAUGUGCACCAUAGGUCGGUGAUUGAUAAUAGCAAGAUGAUCUUCGGGUCGUUGAAGGAUAUCUUUGGGAUUUCGCUGCCGGAGAGGGGAGUUCCGGAGGGUUCGGAAGAUUUGUCUACGGUGCGGGAGUGCAUCCCGGAGUCGAACGAGCCGAUGAUUGACGACUUUACCGUGGUGCAGAAGCCGAAGAACUUCCUGUCGAAGAGUUUGGACGGGGGAUUCGGAGGAGGGGGUGCUAAGGCGAAGGGGAACGUGAAGAAGUACGUGCACAAUGUGGAUGAGCAGCUGCGUCGGAAGAACGAUGAGGAUUUGUACGCGCCGAGCAGGAAGAACAGCGUUGAAGAGGAGGAGAAGCAGCGGGUGGAGGAGGAGGAGGAAGUUGUGGUUCAGAAGCCGAGCGAUUUGCCGUUGGCGGAACAGCCCAGACCUGCGUACAGGAACAAGUACAUCAUCAACGGGGAGAGUACCGUGUUUGAGCACACCGGAGUGUCGUACUGCUACGACGAGGAAGAGGGCAAGUCGCAGGCUACCGACGACGGCAUCGGAACUCCGAAGGACCUCCCGAUCGGGGAAUCUACCAGCGGUUCCUUCAUCGGCAAAACGCAAAUCAAGAAGAAGCUUUCGAACAUUUUCCAGAAAAUGAACGUAAUUGGGUCGAACGCGACAACGCCGUCACCUUCGGCGGCGCAAGCUCCAGCCCCAUUGCCCCCGGUUCCACUGCUGAGCCGUAGUGGCGGCGACGGAGCGCUGGAAGAACCGAAGGGGCUCGAGCAGCCAACCCGGAUGGAAAGCAGCACCAUUUCUUCGUGCGGCAGUGAUCACAGCUCGUCGGUGCUGUCCGAGACUAAGGGAGGUGGGACAACUCCUCGUGAGAAUACCAACCGCGAGCUCGUCUCACCGCGAAGUUCCUCCAAGAACCGCCAUCUGGCGUCCCCAAUGCGGAAGAAGUCGCUCACGACGCGGCUCGAGCCGAACUCCUCGCGGGCCCGCAUGAGUCCGGACUUGUUCAACCCGGCGGCCGCGGGGCGCCAUCAUCUGGUGACCCUGGCGGACGAGUUUGACGACAUUUUGACGGUGACCACCAGCAACGAGACGGACAAGGACAGCUCGAACGACUUGGUGAUUCUGGACUACCCGUCGACGAGUAGCACGCCGACGCCGGACGGCGGAGAGGUCCCUGGGGAGAAGGUCAGUCCGUUCGUGGUGCCGUCGUCGCGACGGUACAACCCGAUGACGGCGUCCACCAGCUCCGCUUCGACGUCCAAGAGUUCGUUGAUCAACCGGUUCUUGCGGAACGUCACGCAGAAGAAGAUUCUGGAGGCGACCAUCAAGCAGAACAGCUUCUUCCAGGCCAAGCUGGGCACCGAGCGGAAGCUGUUUGAGAGUCUCGUGCCGAAGGGGGUGAAGGCGCUGAACCGGGACCUGAUUGAAGAUCUGAACGCGGAGAUCGCGAUGGAGAUCGAGCUGAGCUCGUCGGCUUGCCAGCUGGACCGGAUUCAGCUGAACGAGGCCCACCUGGACCAGGGCGGGUACGGACUGUCGCUCGGGGAGAUCAAGUUCGACGGGGGUGGCGUUGGGGUCGGGGAAAUUCCAGUGGACGUCUUCAACGGGAACCGAUUGCACAUCUUCCGCAACGAGAACGAGGUGCUGAUGAAGGCGUUCAAGCUGUACAACGGAUACUCCCGGGAGGGGUACAUGACACCGGUGCUGGUUCUCCUAACCGACAAAACGCUCUACGUCACGGAUCAGGUGCAGAACCGGCUCUGCAACAAGUUCGUUCUGCCGUACUCGGAGCUGGACGUCAUCCUGGUUGGUCCGUACGGAAAUACCGUCCUGUUGAGCAACUCUGCACGAGACAUGCAGCAGGUGCUGCUCGCCGGAGGUCCCUACCCGGCGGAUGGCCUGGUCUCCAGCUUGGAACUGUGCGCUCGACGGGGUGGAUCCGUCCUGCCGGCGAUCGGACAACUAACCCUGGACCAUCUUGCCCCGCUGCAAGCCUUUGUACGGGAUAACUCCAACGUGAGUCGAGAGGACAUCUGGAAGUACUACGCCGUGGUCAACGUGCCCGCCGGAACUCUCGGCGGCGAGGAGGAACCGCUGGGACCGCACAUCAAGGGACCUCUCAUGCACCGACGGAUGUCCCACGCCGGCUUCGUGGACCACUGGUCCGCUGGAUACUUUUUACUGAAGGCGGGAGUCCUGUACCUGUUCGGGGACGCCAGCCAGAAGCUUCCAACCUGGGCCGUCGCACUCGCCGAGUGCCAAGGCGCCCGCCGUUCGCUCAACUCCGGCCGACCGUACUGCUUCGAGCUGUUGCUGCGCACCGGCGCCCUCCAGCUGGCCGCUCCCGACGAGUACGUCGCGUCCGACUGGCUCCAGGCGCUGGUCCAAGCGGCCAGCGGGGUAAGAUCCUCAACCUUAAUCCCUCCUUUGACAAUCACUAAUCAUCCAACCUUUCAGCUCUUCGAGCUCCAGGAACGCCGCCGUACGCUCGGCUGCACGCUCAUCAUGACCUCGAACCACCUGCUCACGCUGCGCGAGGACUUUAGCGCUCCGCUGCGCCGGUCUACCGGCGCAGGAGGUCACUCCAGCGCCAACUCCAGCUUGAUGCUGUCCCCGGCGAAGGAGAACGUCAACCCGAACGCGCAGCUUCCCGGUGGAGCAUCCAGAAAGCUCAGCAAUUCCAACGUUCUGGACACGUCGUCGGAGAUAAGUUCGAUCCGCUCGACGGGCAGCACGCCGACGCGGUUCAACAGCGACCGGCGCUCCAACUCGACGACGAGUACGCCGACCAGGGGUGCCGCCAACCUGCAGUCCCCGUCGCGGAGCUACCGGCCGGGCUCGUCGAUUGACGCCAUCAUCGGGACCACCGGGGACGAUCGGAGCCACACCAACAUGAGCAGCUUCUACGGGAAGAACUCGGGCGUGGAGGUGCUGACGUGCGCGAGCAUCGACGAGAUGAGCGCCGUCAAGAUUCCGGCCAUCUCGUCGAAUUGGUGGUGCAUUCUGGAAUUCGAAUGCCAAGAGGUGCGCGAAAACUCGGACGACCUGGUGGUGUUCUUCUCGACCAGUUCCGAGCAGGAACGGUUCCUGUCGAUGCUGGAGUCCAUCUGGCACUCGAAGAAGGAGGAUCCCUUCCCGGCGUCCAUCAUGACCAGCGGGGACGACCUGUACCAGCACUGUUCGAAGCUGUUCCUCGAGAUCAACCGGUCGUGGGAACCGCUGCUGACGGCCGCCCUCGGUUAUCCGCAGUAAGAGAUUCUUCGCUGUGUCGUUACUUUCUUGGUUUUUGAGUUUUUCCAAACUAUCAAAAGGAACGACUUAGUAAAUAAAAAAACGGAGACCAGUGAUAAUUGUGUAUAGGAUACCAGAUAUAGCUAGUUAUAGUCUUUGUACAAGUGCUUUAUUGUAAACUUUUUUUUUGGUUUUGGGCUGGUUCCAAACUUAGGACAAAGUCGAAAUUUCGUUGUAUAUUGCAAAAUUUUAUGGAUUACCAUUUUUUUACUUUAUUAUUGUGUAAAAAUUACUUUUAUUCGGUGCUUAUAAAGUGAAUUAUUUUUUUUUUCGCAUAAACUGAUGAAUUAAGAUCCUCAAAUUUUAGAAAUAAGUAUAGACAAUAUGGAUUUAAGCAUGUUUACACACUAUGAAAUAUAAUCAAAAUUAAAAAAAAAGUAUUAAUCAAGCCCACUUUCAAAUGAUUAACGUACUCUUGCAAGACAAAAAUGUUUAGCUUUAUAUAUACUCGUCAAUGUGCUAUAUUCAUAUAUGCAGCAACCUGUAGCUUUGUACGGUUAACAUAAACACACACAUAUUUAUAUAUUUUUGGUGGAAAAUAAGCUAAAGCCACAGGGCAAACCCGAACCCCAAAGAUCAGGAAUAAUCUCAUCCAACAUCACAUCACUUAUCGGUUUGACAUUUUAUCGAAUUUUGAAUAAUAUUUCGAGUGAUCUCUCUGUCUUCGAUAACAUCACAUUUAUCACGGUAGAAAAAACUAACAUCUCCUGGAAAGCAGGAGAUCCCAGUCCUGAAUUUGACAGAUGCCCACCUUACCUUUGUUUGCCUUGGUUAUGUGCUACACAUCAAUACAAACUAACCUAAAGGUGAGGAACGAUCGUCAAACGCAGGGUUGGGCUCAGUCUCAUUUGGUAAACAAAACAGUUCCUUCAGUUUGGAUUUCAUUUAUCUUUUCACUAGCAUUAACAACUCCACUACCACUACUAAGAGCUUCUGUCUUUCGCUUACGCUGCUGUUUACAAGCAAGAUUUCCCAUCGUGACACAAAAUGCAAAAGCAAACCUUAUUCAUAUUUGAAUCCUUUGGCAUUCCAAAACUAACAAAUGGCGCCUUUGACUUUGACGUUUGCCUCAGUGCGCCGCUAUCAUAAUUGACAGUACGCGCACGAGGCUGCUGUCAAAAGUCGGUACGCCAUUUUGACAAAUCCGACAGAUCAUCAUGCAACAAAAAAGAUGUUAAAUCUUGCAAAACGAUAUUUACUCAAAACUUGAUGUGCUUAGCUUAUAGGCUUAAAAAUGUGGCUGAUUGAUUCAAAACUAAUGAAAACACACGCAAAUAUUAUAAAAUUGCAUGUUACGCUGCUUACCACCCAAAAAACACUGAAACAAAACAAAUCGCAGAAAUCGCUGCUUUUGCAGUUGGAAAACAAAAUAUAACAAUAUUUAACCUCACUUUCGUACUGAACGCGCGCGCGGAUGCACCCACAAUCUCACUCUUUCCUACGAUUUAAAAGUUCGAGAAAGAAAAUUUGAAUACUCCUUUUCUAAGCGCAAAAGGUGUAAACAAGGAAACAAGAAACUCUUAAAAAGCCCUAUUUUACCGGCGAAAUCCUAACCUAUAACCAUCGAGAUCGAAACUAGUCACACUUUAAUUCGUUUCCGCACUAACUCAAACACUAAAAGCAUCUAACUUUAAAACAUCAAAAUUACACCAAAACCAACACGCUUCAGAUUAUCCCAUUUCUCCUCGGUGAUGGAAUCUUGGUGUUAGGAUAUUUGUGUCGUAUCAUUAAGAUUAAAACAAAUCCUGAACCAGAACGUUAUAAGAAGAAAGAUAUGGCACAAUCGCGUUGCAAUAAGGACUGACUUUUUGAAAACGGAGAAUUUCGCUUGGAUUGUGAAAACUACUUUGCAAAAAAUCACACAAACAAAAACAGUGAAACAAUAAUUUCUAUACUCUGAUGUUUAUAAACAAAUAUAUCUAAUAAUAACAAACAAUAAAGUUUCAAAAUAACAACAACAAAAAACAUAUAAACACACAAAUUGCAAUGUUACAAGCAAAAUAGAAACACGUAAUAUAAGUACUAUCCAGCCAUAAAAGAUCCAAAAAGUUACCCGUCAACAAAAGAAGCAUAACAAAACGAAAGUAAUCUCAAAAAAUGAUAUAUAUCAAGUGAAGCAAGACUCAACAAAUAAAAGAGCAACCAAAUGAAGAAGAGAA